CGCAUACUGCGCAGCAUCACUGCCCGAAGGCGACAUAUCAUCAACCACUAUAUCCACAUCGACGCCUUCGACUGCCAGCGCCACCCUAUAGCUAUUAGCUGCUUGCCUUGCCUUGCCGUCGAUCGCAUCCUUAGUCAGCGCAAUUCAAGCGUUCACCUCUCAACACACUCACCACCAUGUCGUCGAAGCGACACUCUGUGCGGCCCGUGGUGGUCCACGUACAGCCCGACAACAUACCAACUCCAUCAAGCCCACCAUCAGCGACAACGACAGCCAAGACAGUCCGAUUCGCACCCUCCUCCAACAAUGGCAGCUCGCGACCUUUGACGUCAAUCGAAGCCUGGUCACUCUAUCACUUCGAGAUCCACGCACGACAAUGCAGAGACUGCUACGACCCGUAUGACGUCUACAAGAAACGUCGUUCCCUAUGCGAAGUGGGCCACGGUCUCGCAUCCGAUGUCGCCUGCCAUGUCUACUACCAAAGCGGCGACAUCUACUCCUGUUCCAAAGGCGACUCUGAACUCGUCCGUGUCGAGAUUCCCCACGGCUACGAUCAUACUCGACUUCUUUUGAAAGCCUUCGAUCGAAAACUACGCUCACACCGGAACUCAGCACCACUCGUACACAGCUACGAUAGAAGCUAUCCCGUCUCAGCACGACGCUACUACCCAGAUGGAGGCAAAGAAGACGUCCUCAUCGAACCCGCAUCCUCAAAACCAGAACGCAAAUCCUCAGAUCGAAAGUCCCGACACAAACCACUUCGAUACUCAACCGUCGUCCUCCAAGACGACGACACCGAACUUGUCUCCGGCACCAAAACUUCCGAACGACGAGGAUCCUUGUACGAGAAGGACGCUCAACGCAAGAAACAAGAUUAUCGUGUUGAGAUCCGCGAACCUUCGACUUCUGAACGUCAAAGGCGGAGGGACGAUGGCAGGAGGAAUUCCGUUUGGCUUUGAGCAUGAUAUAAUCACCAUGCCAAUACGUCGUGACUGACUGAGCCCUGCGGGACGGGACUUGAUCUUUACCCCCAACAACUACUGAAUUUCUUUGUUCUGAGAUACUAUGUUUCGACACUUUGAGCGAUAGUGAUAGCGAUAGGAUGAUACCCAGGAAGAUGUCUCGAAGCGGUGAAGCAGCUCGACAUGGAAAUUGAUUGAAAAUUACGAAUCAAACUUGCACAUGAUG